UUUUUUUUUUUUUUUCCUUCUGCUGCUGCUUUGCUCCGGCCGUUUAUCUCCGUUGUCGAUUUGCUUAUUUAGCUUCUCCCCCCCCACCGCUCAUCUCAACGUUCAUCUCAACAAGGAAACGAUAAAGGGUUCCUUUCGAUUACAUUUCAAAACAGUCUCAAUUUCAUUUGGGCAAACUUGCCGAGCCGUUGUGACUACAACGGUUCAUUCCAUCUCCCUUCAAACUGCCUUUGAUAAAAGCCAGCAGCCGGCUGGUGUGUCCGCUCUUGAGAUCCUUUGCGAGCAACCCAUCUCGGUACACUGCAAUAUCAGGCCGUCGACACAUCAGCAUGCUCAGUGGAAUCUUUCAUCCAAAAAAUGGGAAACCUAACGAGGAGCGGCCAGUUGCCGACCAGGUUACCCAGCCUGUAACAAGUAGUCCUAAAUUGCUAGGACACUUGCUGGACGCCAACAAGGCAUGGGCGAAACAAAAGCAGGCUGAAAACCCUGGUCUUUUCGAGACUUUGGCGCAAGGACAAGCACCCGAAAUCAUGUAUAUCGGAUGCAGUGACUCUCGCGUCCCUCCCACUGAAAUUGUCGGUCUCGGUCCUGGAGACAUGUUUGUACAUCGUAACAUUGCCAACACCUUUACCACGAGCGAUCUCAACCUCCUCUCCGUUCUCCAAUACGCCGUUGAAGCUCUCAAGGUGAAGCACAUUGUCGUAUGUGGUCACUACAAUUGUGGAGGUGUGCAUGCCGCACUCUCCGACCAACAACUCGGUCUCCUCGACAACUGGCUGCAACCCAUCAAAGACUUUUAUAUGGAGCACAGACGACGAGUGGAGGCCGUAAAGGACCCAAAGGAAAAAGUUGAUUUGAUGUGCGAACUGAACGUACUACGAACCGUUCGGGGUGUUUGUCAUACAAACAUUGUCCGAAAUGCGUGGAAAAAGGGUCAAGACUUGACUGUUCACGCAUGGGUUUACAGAUUGUCGGAUGGGCAGAUCAGGGACCUGAAAAUGGAUGUGUCAAGCUCAGAGCAGGUUGAUCCUACUUUUGAGCAAGUCUUGAGCUCGAGGAUCAAGCCUGCGUAUGUCGAUGAGCACAAGGCAUAGACGUAGACCAUACAAGAGGAAAAUAUGUGACCGGCUGUAUAUGUGGCAUCAAAAUGUAUAGAAACGAGAGCGAAACUAUAUGUGGACUAUUAUCCUGGUAUUCUUCAAAGCUUGAAUAAUAUUCUGGGUUCGUCAGCGUGUCGCAAAUCCA